UUCUUCCAAAUUUACAAAACUAGGGGGUUAUAUUUAAACAUUUAGACCUAAUUUCAUGAGGUUUAUCAUCUUCCCCAAUUUUCCACAACUCAACGACGCUCCACUUUCCGGCGCCGGCGACGGCGAAACCACUCCCAUCUUUUAUAAGGUACAAAAGGUUGAAGCUUCUUCCAUCAUAAAAGGUUUUGAUAUAAAGAAAGAUGAGUUUGUUUCAGCAAUGGGCUUUCAUAGUAAAAGAAGCACUAGACAAAAGCUUUCUAGUCGCCAAAUUCUUCUGUAGUGUUCAUGUCGCCAAUACCUACCUCUGCUCUACCGCUUUGGUUCAAGGUCCUAGUAUGCUCCCUACCUUUAGCCUUACUAACGAGCUAGUCUUGCUUGAGAGAAUCUCAACCCGAAACGGUAAAGCGGGUACCGGUGAUGUGGUCAUACUCCAGUCGCCUGAAAAUCCAAGGAAGUUUGUCACCAAAAGAAUUAUUGGAAUGGAAGGUGACAAAAUUACCUACAUUGUGGAUCCCAAAAAUAGUGAUAGCACCGAGACUGUUAUUGUUCCAAAGGGACAUGUAUGGGUUCAGGGAGAUAAUAUUUAUAAUUCUUAUGAUUCGUGGAAUUUCGGGCCUGUUCCUUAUGGGCUACUUCAAGGCAAGGUCUUUUGGAGGAUAUGGCCUACAAGUGCAUUUGGAUCAAUUGGGAGGAGACCAGAAACUGUUGACCCUGCCCUUAAGCAGGUCUUAGAGCAGGCAAACCAGUCAUGACUAUAUUGGCUGUGUUGCAUUUGGCUGGCAGGACAAUCCUUUUGAGGGAUUAAAUUUCUUAUAUUUUUGGAGUAAUAAUUGAAACAUCACUUGUUUACCUUUGAGGCAAUGUAUAAUACCACAUAGCAAGUUUGAAAAUAAUACUAGUUUUAGACUA